GGCGGCACGGCUCUGAGUCCCCGGCCAUGGCGGAGAAAGUUUCAGCAGCUUCGGAACGGGCGCGGGGCGCCGGCCACGUCGGCUCCUCUUGCUCCGGCUCUUCCUCCGGCUCGGAAACUCUCUCCGAGGAGGGAGAGGGCGGCGGGGCGGCGACAGCCCCCGGCGGGGCGACGGCUUCGCCGGAGCGGGCGAUCCCAGGCGGGCGGGCAGAGGACGACGCCUCACUGGAGGAGCGGGAUGAGGAGCUUGAUCACAUAUUGUCACCUCCACCUAUGCCUUUCCGAAAAUCCAGCAGUCCCGAAGUGUCUUCUGGCCUUGGAAAGUCUCCUAAAUUUAAGAGGCAAUUGAGUGAAGAUGGGAGACAGCUCAGGAGAGGAAGCCUUGGAGGAGCUCUGACUGGCAAAUAUUUGCUUCCCAGUGCAACUGGACAGCAGCUGUGGCAACCUAUAGAAACCACUAAUCUUGUUCGGAUGCGCUACCAAACAUUUGGACAGUCAGCACCUUCACUCACUGCUAGUUUGGAAGGGACGCCUCAGAAGAGUCAUUUCAGCUCAGCGCGCCACCGUCAGAGACUAGUGGAACCAUCAGCUACAAAAAAAGAGUUGAGCCUUCCAAGAAGAGGAAGUUUCUGUAGAACAAGUAACAGGAAGAGUUUGAUGGGCAGUAGCCAGUCUCCAGCUCUGCCUCGGCCUCAUUCACCACUCUCAGCUCAUACAGGAAACAGUCCUCAAGAUAGCCCUAGGAAUUUCUCUCCCAGUGCCUCAGCCCACUUUUCUUUUGCACGAAGUCAUGGGCAUCGAAAUGACAGGACUGAUGGUCGCCGCUGGUCUUUGGCUUCUCUCCCUUCUUCUGGCUAUGGUACAAAUACACCCAGCUCGACUGUUUCUUCAUCCUGCUCAUCCCAAGAGAAGCUACACCAGUUACCAUACCAACCAACACCUGACGAACUACAUUUUUUGUCUAAACAUUUCUGUACAACUGAGAGCAUUGCCAGUGAUAACAGGUGCAGGACAACUGCAAUGCGCCCUCGGUCCCGGAGUCUCAGCCCUGGACGUUCUCCUGCUUGCUGUGACAAUGAAAUAAUUAUGAUGAACCACGUCUACAAAGAAAGGUUCCCAAAGGCCACAGCUCAGAUGGAAGAGAGACUUCAGGAUAUUAUAACAAAUCAUUCUCCAGAGAACACCCUUCCUCUGGCAGAUGGAGUGCUCAGUUUUACCCACCAUCAGAUCACAGAACUGGCUCGAGAUUGUUUGGAUAAAUCUCACCAGGGCCUCAUCACAUCACGAUACUUCCUUGAAUUACAGCAGAAAUUAGACAAAUUGCUACAGGAGGCUCAAGAGCGAUCAGAGAGUGGAGAAAUGGCAUUUAUUAAACAACUUGUUCGCAAAAUCUUGAUAGUUAUUGCUCGUCCUGCUCGCUUACUGGAAUGCCUGGAAUUUGAUCCUGAAGAGUUUUACUAUCUUUUGGAAGCAGCUGAAGGCCAUGCUAAAGAGGGGCAAGGCAUUAAAACAGACAUCCCUCGAUACAUUAUUAGCCAGCUGGGUUUAAAUAAAGAUCCUCUGGAAGAAAUAGCUCAGCUAGCUAAUUGUGACAGUGGGACAGCAGACACUCUGGAAACAGAAGAAUCGAUAAAUAGCUCUAAUACCUCACUGAAGCUGCAGAGGAAGCCUCGGGAAAGUGAUUUUGAAACAAUUAAACUGAUUAGUAAUGGAGCAUAUGGCGCGGUUUAUUUUGUGAGACACAAAGAAACCAGGCAAAGAUUUGCCAUGAAGAAAAUUAAUAAACAGAAUCUCAUCCUCCGAAACCAGAUCCAACAGGCCUUCGUUGAGCGUGAUAUCCUGACAUUUGCAGAAAAUCCGUUUGUUGUUAGCAUGUAUUGCUCCUUUGAAACAAGACGUCAUUUAUGCAUGGUCAUGGAGUAUGUCGAAGGUGGAGACUGUGCUACUUUGAUGAAGAAUAUGGGUCCCUUACCUGUAGAUAUGGCAAGGAUGUACUUUGCAGAGACUGUUCUGGCCUUGGAAUACCUUCAUAAUUACGGAAUUGUACACAGGGAUUUGAAACCUGACAAUCUGUUGGUAACAUCCAUGGGUCAUAUAAAGCUUACAGACUUUGGCCUGUCAAAAGUGGGGCUAAUGAGUUUGACUACCAAUCUGUAUGAGGGUCACAUUGAGAAGGAUGCCAGAGAAUUCCUCGACAAACAAGUCUGUGGUACACCUGAAUACAUAGCUCCUGAAGUGAUACUGAGACAGGGUUAUGGAAAACCAGUGGACUGGUGGGCUAUGGGAAUUAUUCUUUAUGAAUUUCUUGUUGGGUGUGUGCCAUUCUUUGGAGAUACACCAGAAGAGCUCUUUGGACAAGUAAUCAGUGAUGAAAUCAACUGGCCUGAAAAGGAUGAAGCACCACCUCCAGAUGCCCAAGAUCUGAUUACUUUGCUACUUAGGCAGAAUCCUUUGGAAAGACUGGGAACAGGUGGUGCAUAUGAAGUAAAGCAGCAUCAGUUCUUCAGGAGCCUUGACUGGAAUAGUCUGCUGAGGCAGAAAGCAGAAUUUAUUCCACAGUUGGAGUCUGAAGAUGACACAAGUUACUUUGAUACUCGUUCUGAGAAAUACCACCAUAUGGAAACUGAGGAAGAAGAUGAUACCAAUGAUGAAGAUUUUAAUUUGGAGAUAAGGCAGUUCUCCUCGUGUUCACACAGAUUUUCAAAAGUUUUUAGUAGUAUAGAUCGAGUCACUCAGAUUCAAGGUGAAGAAAAGGAAGAUGCAGGAAACAAAACAAAAAGUGUAGCAUUGCCUUCUGGGGAAUCUUUAAGCUGGAGUUCAGAAUAUUCUGAAAUACAGCAAAUAUCUACAUCCAUCUCAUCUGAGACUGACAGUAGCCGGCAGCAGCCCAAUUCUGGUUUGCUUCCAAAAUUGUCUGUAUCAGCUGAAGGAGAACGGGAUGAUUCCAGCGGCUCACGGGGACCCCGGGAGGAGCAGGAAAAGUCUGCAUUUGUGAGCGAUGAAACAGUGCAAGAUGAACCUGAAGUAACCACUCCAGCAAGUACAAUCAGCAGCUCCACACUAUCAGUUGGCAGUUUCUCAGAACACUUAGAUCAAAUAAAUGGAAGAAGUGAGAGUGUGGACAGUACAGAUAACAUCUCAAAGCCAGCUGGUGAAGUUGCAUCGCACAUGGCUCGACAGCGAUUGGAAAGCACAGAGAAAAAGAAGAUCUCUGGAAAAGUCACAAAGUCCCUUUCUGCAAGUGCUUUGUCCCUCAUGAUCCCAGGAGGUAGAGAUAAAUACUUUCAGUUGAUAUGUUAAUGAUUUAUGCAAUGC